AUGCUUCAUUUAUUUAUAAAAUAUUUAUUUGCCAUUAAUGCCAGUUUUAUUCGUGAUCCAUUUAAUUUGCUCAGAUUUAAAUUUUAUAGAAAAAAUUGUGCCAUUUUAUCAACAUUUCUCCUCAUUUUUGUAAAUGAUUAUCUUCAAUUUACCAUUGCAACGGUAUUUUCAAAUUCACUCCAUCAAUGUCAACUACUUUGUCAAGAAAGGAAUUUGGCAUUUCCAUUACCCCAUGGAAGUCUAGGCUGGUCAAAUUUUUCGCAAGGCAACUGUGAUUCUGAUUGCCUUACAGACGCUUGUAAACUAGGUUGCCAAGAUUUAGACUCUCACGAUUCCAGUUGUAACUCUCGAUGUGAUCCUAUCGGUGCUGGGGCUGACGCCUGCAAUCAAGGAUGUCGUGCAGUUACUGAUAUAUUCCUUCACAAGAUACAGGGCCUUCUUGAUCUUUCUUCCGUGGAAUCAUUCUAUGACUCUUCUCUAGGUCUGGGAAUGAAUUGGUCAUUUCCUGAGGCUCAAUCAAACCUUCUCAAAGAAGUAUCAACUACCAACAUUCAGUGGAUUGCCCAGAGUCGUCCUGGGAGUAAACAGGGAUGGUUAUGGACGAGAAUGGAUGAGAAAGCAUUUAAAGAAAAUUCCUUAAUUUCUACUGUUUUUGUGUCGCUAGAAUCGUAUUAUGUUGAUAUUGAGCUUCGGCUCGCAGCAAAUUGGCGCGAUAAUAUAAUAGUUUCUUCUAAACAUUUCCGGCAAUCUACAUUCCCAGAAAAAAAUAUCUUACAAACACAACUGCCUCAACCUUCUUCAGGCUCCUUUUUACAACUUUCCUCUUCAAGUUUUGUUGCUUGUUGGGAUUCAGAAUCUCCAAAUAAAUUUAAACUUAAACUAUUUAAUACCACAAAAGAGGGAGAAUUGGAUGGCCUAAUUGCUUCAGAAAUGACUUCCGCAAAAUGCCAUGUCUUUAGAAAUUUAACUAGUAUAGUAGAAGGAAGAGAAUUUCGCCUUAUAAUUACUGACACCGGAAGUUUAUCAGAAAAUGGGGAUGAAGAUAUGAAGCACUCUUCCUCUCUAGAAAAGAGACAUCCGUUGGAAGGAGGAAAAGGAGAGGAUAAGGAUUUAGUUGCUGACAAAGGGCUACACUUGAAUAUAAGCAUGGAAGAGAUUGAGGGUUCUAUUAACUAUAAAUUUAUAAAAAAAAUUUUGUUGAAAAUCUCAGAACCCAAAGCAACAGCUCCAUUAUUGCUAUUCACUGACGGUUCUUCUCUCUAUCUUAUUGAUGAUUUAAACGAUUUUGUAUUGCUAACUGAACCCAUAAAAGUUGCAUUUUCCUUGAAUGACUCUCAAACUAUCACUGCUUUAUGUGCCCUUUCUCAAACAGAAAUGCUUAUUGGGCUUUCGGAUGGAGCUAUAUUCAAUUUGGAAAUUUUGUUUGAAUCUAGAGUUGAAUUGGAAAUGAUUAAUAGAACUAUGGAACAAGUUAAAACACAAGCGAGGAAAGUUAGGGAAGCGGAUGGAGUAUCAAUCACACAAAUUGUUGUCGAUUUUAUACAGGUAUAG